AUGUUCAACAGGAACUUCCUUUAUCUGAACGCAGUCUCUGUGAAUUUGAGAUAUGGAUUCCCGUUCAGCCUCACCAUGGUGAUGGAUAAAAAAGCAAAGGAGGAAGAGGAAGAGAGAGAAAAGAGACUAGAAGAAGACAAGAAGAUGGAAGAGGAUUGUGAUCCCAGAAGAUUUAAAGGGAGGCCUGGACAAGUUCGCUGUGAUAUUUGCACCAAAAUGGCCGCCACAAAGUCCUGCCUGAUUUGCCUCACAUCUUACUGCGAUGAUGAUGUCCAAAAUCAUUUGGUAAACCCAAGGUUCAGCGGGCACAAACUGGUUGAUCCUGUAGAGGACAUGGACCAAAGGGCUUGUCUGGCUCAUGGGCGCCCCCUGGAGCUGUACAGCAGAGUGCAGAGGAAGUGCAUCUGUGUGCUGUGUAAAGAGGUGGGAGAGGAGGGGGUGGUGUCCACUGAAGAUGCAUGUAGCAGCAAGAAGGCGGAAAUCAAAAAGAUUAUUGAAGAACUGAAGGAGAGCAUUGUGAAGAGGGAGGAGAAGAUAGACACGAUUAAUGCAUCCCAGAAAAUCUUCAAGGAUCAGCUGGACAGUGAGUGGUGGGACAUAGAUACGGUCUUCUCUGAGGUCAAGGCCACUCUGGAGGCAGCUCAGGCCAAAGCUCUGGGACCAGUAGAAGAGCGAAGGCAGCGUUUGAACCAAGAGGCCAGCGAGGUCAUUGACACGCUGAAGAACGAGGUGGACGCACACAAGAAGACCAUCAAGGAGCUCCAGGACAUCUCUACCUUUGAGGAUCACGUUCUCUUUCUGCAGAAAUAUAAUUCUCUAAAAGAACCAGGGUUCAAAGACUGGACAACUAUUGAGCUGGACACAUCUGUAAGUUUUGGCUCAUUGAGAAAAGUCACACAUGAAGCACUGGAGCAGAUUCAAGAGCAGAUGGAGACGCUCACGGCUCUGGAACUCCAGAGACUUCCCAAAUUUGCAGUGGACUUGACUCUGGACCCCAAUACGAGCCACAAGCGUCUGGUUCUGUCCCAAGACCAUAAAGAAGCGAUUUACGGAGAAAUGGAGCAGGAAGACUGCGAUGGCUCUGAAAGAUUUGACAUUUUCGGCAGCGUUUUGGGCCGUGAGGAGCUGGGCGUUGGCUCCAGGGCCUAUUGGGAGGUGCAGGUUGGGGCUAAGACCGGCUGGGACCUGGGCGUAGCGUCGGCUAAAGCUGAACGCAAGGGCAAGAUAUCACUGAGCCCGAACAGUGGCUACUGGGCCAUGGUUCACUACGAGGGGGAUAAGUAUGCAGCCCUCACAGCGCCCCCUCUCUGUGUGGAGCUGAAUCACAAACCUGAGAAGGUGGGAGUGUUUUUAGACUAUGAUGAAGGGCUGCUGUCGUUCUACGAUGUGGCUAAUAAGACGCAUAUUUACUCGUAUAGAAAAGGGAAUUUUGUUGGGGCAUUGUUACCAUACUUCAGUCCACAUGUUAAAGAUGAGAGGAACACUGAACCUCUAAUUAUUUCAGAUGUCACAUUAGGGCAAACAAGUUAA